UUGCGCGCUCACCCCUGAACCGGAAAUGCUAGUGUUGACGUGAACGCUAGCUUCGACAGCUGGAAUGCCGCUUCUUUGAACUAAAAGCUUCCAUUGUGUGGCCACAAUUGUACAGUUACAUGCUACAUCAACGUUUGAUUCGUUGAGGACUGAGAUCGAUGACGACUCUGGAUGGCCAUGGCUGUCGUGUCAUGGAAGGAAGUUUUACUUUUGACUGGAAUGGUGGCUGGGUGUUACUGGAACAGUCUGUCCUGUGGGUUUGUGUUUGACGACGUCUCAGCCAUCCUGGACAAUAAAGACCUCAGACCAUCGACCCCUUUGGGCAACCUGUUCCUGAAUGACUUCUGGGGAACACCCAUGGCAGAGGAGAGGAGUCACAAGUCCUAUCGACCCCUGACAGUUCUCACCUUCCGAAUAAACUAUCUCUUCAGUGAACUGAGUGCUGCAUCCUACCAUCUUUUUAAUGUCCUACUCCAUGCUGCUGUGUGUGUGCUCUUUCUGCGGGUAUGCCGGUUAUUCCUGGACAAGACCUUCAGCCUGGUUGCUGCACUGCUGUUUGCAGUCCACCCCAUUCAUACAGAAGCAGUCACAGGUGUUGUUGGCAGAGCGGAACUCCUCUCAUCAAUUUUCCUUCUCGCUGCUUUCCUGGCCUACACUAAAUCCACCAGUGCAGAUCACUCAAUAGUUUGGGCCCCCAUAGCCUUGACAGUUGUUUUGGUGGCUGCAGCAACUCUUUGCAAAGAGCAGGGAAUCACGGUCAUCGGGAUCUGCUGUAUCUAUGAAGUCUUUGUUGCACAAGGGUUCACUCUGCCAAUACUAUUGGACACUCUGCAGCAGGUGGUGCUGGGGAAAGCUGGCUUUCCUUACGCUGUCCUACAGAUGCUGUUGAAACUCAUUGUGCUAAUCAUCAGCACGUUGCUCCUUGUCAUCAUCAGAGUCCAAGUGAUUCAGUCACAGCUUCCUGUCUUCACUCGGUUUGAUAACCCUGCAGCAGUCAGCCCCACGCCCGCCCGACAGCUGACGUUCAACUACCUACUCCCUGUGAAUGCAUGGCUUCUGCUGAACCCAUCACAACUGUGCUGCGACUGGACAAUGGGCACCAUCCCGCUGGUGGAGUCGCCUCUUGAUCAUCGAAACGUUGCGACUGUGUUUUUUUAUCUUUUUCUAGGUUUGUUGGCUUAUCACAGCCUACUCCACAGACACAGGUCUGCCAAGACUGUCAUUAUGGCCCUGUCAUUAAUCGUCCUGCCCUUUAUUCCUGCGUCCAACCUUUUUUUCCCGGUUGGUUUUGUUGUAGCUGAGAGGGUCCUUUACGUUCCCAGUAUGGGCUUCUGCGUUCUGAUUGCUCAUGGAUUUAAGAUUAUUUCUCAUAAAGGAUACCUGCGUAAGGUCUCAUGGUUGAUGAUUGGAGUGCUUCUAACCACCCAUGCCGUAAAAACAUUUAACAGGAACUGGGAUUGGGAGUCUGAAUACACUUUGUUCACCUCGGCGCUAAAGGUCAACAAGAACAAUGCCAAGUUGUGGAAUAAUGUUGGCCACGCUCUUGAGAACCAAAAUAACUAUGCAAAAGCUCUGCGCUAUUUUCUCCAGGCCACCUAUGUACAACCAGAUGACAUUGGUGCACACAUGAAUGUUGGGCGGACCUACAAGAACCUGAACAAGUCCAAAGAAGCUGAAGAAGCCUACUUGGUUGCAAAGUCUCUCAUGCCACAGAUCAUCCCUGGGAAGAAGUAUGCGACACGUGUGGCCCCAAACCACCUGAACGUUUACAUAAACCUGGCCAAUCUGAUCCGAGCCAAUGAUUCCCGCCUAGAAGAGGCAGACCAGCUGUAUCGACAAGCUAUCAGCAUGAGACCAGACUUCAAACAAGCUUACAUCAGCAGAGGGGAGCUUCUGUUGAAAAUGAACAAGCUCACUGAGGCCCGGGAUGCUUACCUCCGCGCCUUGGAGCUGGACCGAACAAACGCUGACCUGUGGUACAACCUAGCGAUUGUCAACAUCGAAAUGAAAUCUCCCUCGGAAGCUUUGAAGAACUUCAACCACGCCCUGGAGCUCAACCCGCGUCACAAACUUGCACUUUUUAACUCUGCUCUUCUCAUGCAGGAGUCAGGUGAACCAAAGUUCUGGCCAGAAGCCAACCGUCGAUUUUUGAUCUACGUGGAGGAAGAACCAGAUGAUGCCAAUGGCUACUUCAACCUGGGCAUGCUGGCAAUGGACGCCAAUGAGAACACGGCUGCCGAGCGUUGGAUGCGUAAGGCCAUCAGUCUCCAGGCCGGCUUCCGCAGCGCGCUCUUCAACCUCGCGCUACUUUACUCUCAGUCCAAACGAGAGACAGAUGCUCUUCCGGUGCUGGAUGAGCUGCUGAGGUACCACCCCGAGCACAUCAAGGGCUUGAUCCUGAAAGGUGACAUCCUCAUGAACCACAAAAAGGACACCCGGGGAGCGAAGGCCUGCUUUGAGGAAAUCUUACGGAUGGAUCCGGCGAACGUUCAGGGGAAGCACAACCUGUGCGUGGUCUAUUUUGAGGAGCGAGACCUGCCCCAGGCUGAGCGCUGUCUGGAGGAAACGCUGGCUCUUGCUCCAAACGAGGAGUACGUGCGUCGGCAUUUAAGUAUCGUGCGCAGUAAAAUGGCUGCCAUGAACGCAGCGGGUCAACCUAUCACGCCAGCAGGGGGCGCUGCAGCUCAGGAGGAAGGGCCAAAUAAAGCGGAGCAUGUGGUGCAAGAGGCCGAGUUGAGAAAGGAAGGGAGUGAGACUGGUGGUACAGCAGAGCGUUCUGGAGUGGAAGAGAAGAAUGUGAGGAAAUCCUCUUCCUCAGACACCCUGGAAGAUGUGGAGCAAUCCGUGAGAGGUCAGUCUGAGCAACGGACUAAAGCCAAGGCCCCGAAAGAGAUUAAAGACAUUGAAGAAAAACGAGAAGCUGCCCUGAAAAGACUUGAAGAGAUUGAGCGUAUACUAAGUGGCGAUUGAUGGACAUCCUCACCUGACUUCUUUUUAGAGUUUUUAUUAUUAUUAUUACUACCAAUGGGCAAGUAUUCUUUCAUCAUCUUUUGUGUGAAAGCACUCAAUGUUUUACAAUAAUCAUGUCAAGAAGGGAAAUGGGCACAUCAUUUCACCCAGGAGCACAUAAAAGGAGAAUCGCCUUUGAUCAGAUUUAGACAUUGUGUCAUGAAUAUAAAUGUUUUUGAUGAUUUGUUGUUUAUCACUGGAUUCUUGCUCAGAUGUGACUCACCCUGCUCUUAUUGUCUUUUAUGAUUGUAUCAAUAACAAUUGGAGGAAGUGACACAUGGCUGUGCUUCCUUGAAGCAGCACCAUUUUCACACACAACUGAAAACAAAACUGACGUCGCUGCCGAAGCCAAGGUUUUAAAUGCUCGCACCUCCUUCCUUAUCAAAUCAGGUUUCUGGGUUGAGACCAGGCCUUUCAUCAGUUCUGUCAUGCGGUUUCUAUGGUUUCUGCUCGGGUCGAAACAAUGGAGUAACGGAGGCUGAUGAAGAGUGAUAUUCAAAAGUCUUGGAACUUGUCGUCCAAAACAUGACCAGACCUGUUGCGUGACUCUUCACAGGAAAGCUUAUUUCCCUUAUGCAAGUAUUCUGCAACACUAGAGUAACUCUCUUCCGAGUGCUAUAGUCGGUGACUGUAUCACAGAAGUGGAGAAAUUCAGCUAGGUACGAAAGAGUCCUUCCACAUCUGUGUACAUAUACAUUAUCACACUGUGUAUCCACUGUUAUUUAUUAUUUUCAAUGCACUGCAGAUAUUGUCUUGUUUGCCACUACCAGUACACUUCUUGAUUCUUUUCCUCUUUCUGAUAGAAGGUUGUUUCUUGCCCUUAAUGCUGGGUACUUUUUCGACUUUCUCCUAAGUUUGAGACUGAUGACUUUUUUAUUUUAUGCAGCAACCAUGCAUUGUGGUGAUUGGGAGCUGUCAACGGUUCCUACAAUAAA